AUGGGUUCCGGUUCGGUGUGUGCGGAAUGUGGCAAGUUUUUCAAGAAAGACAACGUGAUUAAACGUGUUACCGAUCCAUUAUCAGAACGCCAGUACCCCUUGGAGACAGCUGCUGAGUUUCAGCGGCUGGUAAAGGAAGUCAGGAUGUCUGUCGCUACUUGCAACUUUUGUGAUUUGGUUUCAGAGCUGGUCAAUAACCAUGCUACUCCUGAAGAAGUUGUAUCAAUCAGACACAUCAUCGAAGAGACUCUUGUGAGAAGCGCAUUCAAGGUUCGCUUGGAAUUCGUUGGCAGAGACGGAAAUGAGCUGGGCUCAGAUACGGUUGGUAUAUGGGGAACCUCUGUUCCGAGAGAGGAGCAACCGUACCUCGAGGUGCUCUACAAACUAAGGGCUAUGGAAGCAGAACCCCCGCCCCCCUCAUGCAGAGAUCGGAUAUAUGACAUGACCAAGUGUUGUCUUCGCCGUUGUCAGGAGACCAACUCGAAAUGUAACGAAGACGUCGACGAUUCCUGGGUCCCGAGCCGACUUAUUUUUGUCGGAUCAGCAGACGGACUGUUCCAGCCAAAGCUUGUUUUGACACGCGACCUAUAUUCCAACACACCAAUACAGUACCUGGCUUUAAGCCACAGAUGGGGGACAUCUUCUUUCCUUACUCUUGAUUCCGGAAAUGAAGAGCGUUUUCGGAAGCAUAUACCCCUCAGAGAGCUUCGGCAAACAUUUCAGGACGCAAUCAAGAUUGCGCAGGAGCUGAGAGUUCCAUACGUGUGGAUCGACUCGCUCUGCAUCAUCCAAGACUCCGAACAGGACUGGAGAGCGGAAUCCAAGACAAUGCACCUAGUUUAUCGCAAUGCUUUCUGCACUCUCGCAGCGGCUGAAGCUGGUAAGCUCGAGAAUGGUUUCAUCGACAUCGCUAAACCGGUUGUGAAGACAGAGUUCCUAUUACUACUUGAGCUACAGGGAAAGGUUGAGGAGUUCAUGGUCAUUUACGAUUCAGCUAGGUUUCUCCUGUCUAGAAUCCCCAAGUGGCCGUUGAUGAACCGCGGCUGGGUCCUCCAGGAGAGCCUCCUGUCUCGGCGUACCAUGUACUUUGGAACCCCUCUCAUUUGGGAGUGCCGAGAGGGCCUUUCCAGCAGCCGUCAAGGUUACCAUGUCGAAUACCAGUACCCCCUAGUUCCACAGAGAAAGAUCUGGCCAAAUCUCCUCGUCGGUCAAGAGAACGUCCAUGGGAAUAGCGAGGACGAUCAAGUCAGGAGGAAUACAUCGCUCCAUUGGCGCCAGAGGCUAGCGCUCGCCUUCAUCAAGGCCCAGAGAGCCGUCUUCCCCGCCGGGCUGCGUCGCCGGAAUCUCCGGCGUGUCCUAACCGGAGCCGGGAUCAAAGGAUACGCCGCCAAAAACGGACUCUCCCUUGAAGUCGUCACGCUCGAGGAUUCCAGCACUGUUUUCAAGGCCGACGUAAAUGUCCCUCCACCAACGCUUCACUUUGUCGGCCCUCCUUCGGCAUCGGCGACGGGCCCGACGCUUCUGUAUUUUCACGGAGGUGGCUACGUCAACCCGAUGAGGGCGUUUGGUCAUGUGCCCUUCGCAUUGGCCUGUGCGGGGGCUUGCAAGGCGCGGGAAAUUGUAUUCCUAGAGUACGCGCUCGCUCCAGAGUAUCAGUACCCAGCCCAGGUAGUCCAAGCUGUCGCCGCCUUCCGGUACCUUCUAGAGACCCGCUCCGUGAAGGUUGAGAAUAUCAUGGUUGCCGGGGACAGCGCGGGCGGCAACCUCGUCGGCUCGCUGCUCGCACAUUUGGUGUCGCCAUCCCCUUAUGCUCCGCCAGUAGAUCUUGCAGGUAGCCGGCUGAAAGCGGCGGUGUUUGUGUGCCCUUGGACCAUGAUGGAUGUUAACCAGGAGACUUUCGUGACGAACGACGGCAAAGACUACCUAGACAAGACACAAGCCUUGCAGUUCAAGCACGAGUGGAACCCCAACGAGAAGGAAGUAUGGGCAAAUCUAUACGAUGCACCGGAUGCAAACAAAGUUUGGAACCAAGUGUUUGGGCGGGGUUCAUCACAGGGCGUGGUGAGAAAGGCACUAGUGACGACGGGGAAGGCCGAGGUCAUGCUGGAUAGCUGCACGGCCUUUGCACGGGAUCACGUCCACGCCGAGACUGUUGUUGCCAGUCCGAGCACUGAUUUAAGCGUGUUGGAUGGGAAAGAUUUUGUUUUGGUGGAGUGCGAGGACGAGGUGCAUGUUCAGCCGGCGCUUGAUGCUGCUAUUGGGUACAAGGAAGGGAUCAUGAUGCGUUCGAUCGUGAGGUGGCUUGAGGGCGUGUAA